GUCUGGGCUAGAGUCAGAACAGCAUCACUGCCGCGUUGAGUCCACCUUCUAUGUAGAGGCAGAGCAUACACUUCUGCUGUGAGAUUGUCAGACUGCCAAGUUACAGCUCUAAGGCACGGGAGGCAUGGCACUAUUCCCUCUGAUGCUGUGGUCCCUGCUCCUGGCCUGCUGGACCCUCACUCCAGGCUCUGCUGGGGAGGACUCCCUGAGUCUCCUCAAGGGAGAUACUCACUGUGAAGGCGUGCUGCAUGUUGAGCAUCGUGGGCAGCAGGGCCUGGUGUGUGGGGACCGCUGGGGCAUGCAAGAGGCCUUGGUGGUCUGCAGACAUCUCAAGUGCAGAAGGGCACUAUACACACCUCAGCAUGUUUUGAUGCCCCAAGACAUGAAGCCACCCUGGCUUUAUGGUGCCCAGUGCCAGGGUGAGGAGGGCUCUCUCUGGAAGUGCUCUCUGGGUGACUGGGGGCCCAUUACUGCCUGCAACUGCCAGUGUGUUGUAGUUGUCAUGUGCUCAGGUGGCUUUUUGGGACAUAUUAGGCUGGGUGGAGGAGUCAGCCCCUGUGCUGGGACCCCUGAAUUAGUGCACCCAGGGAAGACUACUUUGAGGUGUGACUUGCAAAAGAAGGAAGCAGACGUCAUUUGCAGAGAUCUGCAGUGUGGCAACGCUUUGCAGUGGUCCAGAGCCCACCCUCAAGGGCGCCUUCAUGGCCAGGAGCAGAGAUUCCUGACCUGUCAAGGAACAGAGCCCAGCCUUUUCCAAUGCAAGGCCAACUUGAACUUUCUAGAAUCAUGUGACCUUCCAGUCUACACUGACGUGGUAUGCACAGGACACGUGGAGGCCCGGCUGGCUGGCAGUGAGGACCCCUGUGCUGGACGCUUGGAGGUCCGGCGGGGCCUGACCUGGGGCACAGUCUGCAGUGCUGACCUGGACCUGCCCACGGCCCACGUGGUGUGCCGGGAGCUGCAGUGUGGAAUGGCCAUAUCCACCCUUGGGAAUGCCCACUUCGGCCAAGGCUUGGGGCCUGUGUGGAUGGAGGCCUUCCGUUGUGUGGGCAAUGAGUCUCUGCUGUUCCACUGCCCGCGGGAGCCUGGGAGUCAGUGCACGCACCAGCAGGAUGCCGGGCUCAGGUGCUCGGGAGAAAAGUUCCGGCUGGUCAAUGGCAGCAGCCCCUGUGAGGGCCGUGUGGAGCUCCAGGUGCAGGGGACCUGGCUGGAUGGAGUGUGGGGCCGCGUCCUAGAUGAUGCCUGGGACCUGCGUGGUGCCAGCGUCGUGUGCAGGCAGCUUGGGUGUGGAGAGGCACAGCGAGCCUAUGACACAACUGCCCCUAACCGCGGAGCUGUCCCAGUGGGGCUGAGCCAGGUGCGCUGCAAGGGCUCAGAGGCCCGCCUGACCCAGUGCAAUGUGUCAGUGUCCCAGCUGGUGCCUGCCGGGUCCUUGCGGGAUGUGGGUGUCAUGUGCUCUGGAAGCCUUCAGGUGCGGCUGGCUGGAGGCCCUGGCCGCUGUGCAGGGCGUGUGGAGGUGCUACAGGGAGGCUCCUGGGGCACAGUGUGUGAUGACGCCUGGGACCUGCAGGAUGCCCAUGUGGUCUGUGGUCAACUUGGCUGUGGCCAUGCCCUCAGUGCCCCAGGAGGCUCCUAUUUCGGAUCAGGAUCUGGGCCCAUCUGGAUGGAUGAGCUGGGCUGCCUGGGCAAUGAGUCUGCACUAUGGCAGUGCCCAUCUCCAGGUUGGGGCCAGCACGACUGUGGGCACAAGGAAGACGCUGGAGUGUUCUGCUCAGAGCUCAUGGAUGUCAGGCUACAGAAGUAUGGACAGCCAUGUGCAGGGCGGCUGGAAGUUUUCUACAAUGGGACUUGGGGUGGUGUCUGCCACUUCCUGAGUGCUGCCUCCCUGGGGAUCCUGUGUGGGCAGCUGGGGUGUGGGUCCCAAGGGCAGCUGCUGGCCAGGCCAGAGAGCUGGUCUUCCCCUGAGAUUUUCUGGCUGACUUCCAUUCAGUGCAGGCCCAGGCAUGACAAGUUCCAGUGGCAGUGCCCCUCAGCCCCCUGGGACCAGCAUUCCUGCUCCAGCAGUGAGGAGGCCUGGGUCCUGUGUGCAGGUGAUGACUCCUGGGACCUCGCAGAUGCAGAGGUCGUGUGCCGCCAGCUGGGCUGUGGUCAGGCCAUGGAUGCUGUGCAAGGAGCUGCCUUUGGUCCUGGGUCAGGGCCUGUGUGGCUGGAUGAGGUGGGGUGCCGUGGAAGCGAGGCUUUCCUGUUGGGCUGCCCCGCACAGCCACUGGGAUAUGGAGACUGUGAACACAAGGAGGAUGCAGGGGUGCACUGCUCUGGAAUCCCUGCCUUUCUCUUUGUCACAGGAGCUCCCUUCUUGGCCCCUGCACCUGUUGCUGAGGCCUGGACCCUGCCGGAGAUUGCCUGCCUGGUUCUUGGCUGCCUUUUGGGCCUCAUCUUCCUAUUCCUGGGUGUUCAGCGGAACUGUCACAGAGAUACCUGCCUGAGUCCUGGGAUGUCAGAGUGCCUGCCUUCAGAGGGCAUCUAUGAGGACAUUGAAGCUCUUCCUGUGGAGGAGAAAGAGGAGAGAAACUCAGUGUCAGGGAACCUGGUGUUGGAGGAGUAUUACGAUGAUGCUGAAGAACCUGGGGAAGACUGUGGGGAGGAGACAGAUGUGGUGGAGGAGUCGGGUCUGUAGGGAGUGGCUGAAGCUGGAAACUGGUUACAUGUGUUGGGACAAGACAGGGCAAAGUGCCAAAAUCAAUCAAGCUACCUCCAUCCUGAAAAGAUUUUCUUCUUGCCUGAGACAAUUCCAAUCAAUAGCCACUAGGCAAACCUGUGGGAGUGAUACUAACUUUGUCAAAAUAUAAAUCAAUGCCCCCACUAAUGCUGUGCAGUUCCUCUUCUCGCAUGUGGAAAAAGGGCGUCUCCUGACCUCAGCUUUCAUCUCUCAUCUGUAUUUUCUAAAUCUCUGCAUCUUUUUUUUUCUGGGAUCAUCAAGAGCUGUGUGGGUCCCGGCAGGGUCACUGCUGAGCCUUGCGAGUGUGCACAUGUGGGCCUUGAAGUCCAUCUCACUCUUGCUCUUCUACUGCUUCCAUGACGUGAGCUCUGCUCAGCCAGGGCUUACACUGGAAAACCCUGAGAGCUGCUUCUGUGUGUCUGUUACCCUUACUGCUAUCUCUGAUCUGGGGCUUCCUGCUGUCCCCCUCUUCCUUGAAGAAUGCGCCUUAGACUCAACCCUCUCAUUGGUUGUUGUAGUGUUAGGUCCUUGUUCUCUCUGGAUUCCUUUUGUGGUUGCCCAGUGUCCUUCCCAGCACCUGGUUGAUGAUGAGCUGCAGGAGGUGUCUUGGGGUGGGUGAUAUAUUCUUUUGGGGGCUUCCAGCUGGGAAAUAUUCUGUCAUCUGACUUACUAUAUCCAAUCCUUGUCUGUCUGUCUGUUUGUCUGUCCAUCUGUCUGUCUGUGCCAGUGUUCCUCAGUGGUUCCCAGGAGCUCAGCACUCCUGUGGCUUCAGAGUAAUCCAUGCUGAUCACAGUUUAUGUCUACCUCAUGGUACUCAGGUGUAAAGCUUUGCAAUUUGGACUUUAAACUUAGGCUGUGUUUGAUGAUGGCAGUGGACACCGGCCCAGCAGAUCAGGAUCCUGUGCUGACCAUUGGGACCGUGAGCAUGUCUGGAGGGUGGGAUUAAUGUGGGAGGCUGGCAUCUGUGUUGUCCUUAUUCUGCUAUAAGAUUACAUUAGAUGCACUAUGAACUGUCCCUCCCAACCAUCCCUAUAAGGCUCCACCACGACUUUCCUUCUAUUCUGGUUCCAUUUCUCUGCUUCACUUCAGACUUCUGUCUGGUACAAUCAUUUUAUGUUUCCUUUCCUUCCUGUUCUUGCAGUUUUCCUUCUGUGUGGGAGGGGCAUUCCCUGAUAAAGUAUGUGUGAUGAGCCCUCCUGUCACCUGUGGGCAGGACUUUUCCCUCUUUAAUAGGAGUUGGAUGCACCUGAAACUGUGUCACAGCUGUCCUGGUCUUGACAAACAAAUCCUGGACGUUUGAUGAUGUGGUUAAUUUAUUAGCAACAAUACCUUAUGUAGCAUUCCUGGGCAAUUUUCUGGCCCCUCUGCCAUGCUGCCCUGCCUUGGAACCAGUUGAAUAUGGACUGAAUCUGCUACAAUUUACGAACUAAGAUAAACUUUUCCUCCCUAACUUAUGAGUGUUGGGGAUUUUGUUUCCACAAUGAGAAAUUAACUGAAACAGAUGUCUUUGAAUUUACACUGAGACAUGCAUACACUGCCUCCCUACUGAUUCAGUAUAUGCUUGCUAGAGUUCAGGACUUUCCUAUAGUUCUUCCUUUGGAUGUGAUUUACAAAUAUCAAAAUUUUUUGUGUGAUUUACAAACAUCAAGCUCUUGUGUGUUUAUUCUUUGAAUCUGAUAAGUGAAUAAAGCUAUGCAUCACAAA